AUGAGUGAGCGAGACUCACUACAAUCGUUUCUGUUUACCUUCCCACACCCUCCUUCCCAGAAAACCGAAGAAACAGGGCGACCACAUUUGAAAUUGGCAAACGACAUUAUAAAGGAUAAUCACGACAAUAACCGAGCUCCAGAAAUCGAUCCUACAAUUUUGGCGAACAAUUCUCCACGAAAUUCUUUCGUUUCUACCUCGAGAGCCUCGAUGGUUACCGCAAAAAAUUCUCAUCUCACUGACAACGGUGACAACGAUGAUAUAUGGGAUGACACCGCCUUCAUUGUACGUAUUAUGAACCUGGCGGAUACGAUUGGAAGUGAGCCAGUGGUGGAUCCAAAAGUUCGUACUUCGGAUUCGACGAAUGACAAACAGACUGUAAGGAAAGUUUAUGAACACCAAAAAACCGAUUCCGGAUUUGCACAAAUUCCCGAAGAAUGUCACGUGACAGAAACACAAAUACCCGAAACCCCAGCACAAGAGUAUGCUCGAAUUAUGCGCCAUCCCUUAAACUCGCCAUCAUCACAGUCAACAGUCAAUCAAGUCAAUGAAAUGUGCCCUUCUUCCGCGGAAGAAGAUACAGAGAAAUCGGAGAGUGACUCGAUCAAUCAAACACUUCGACAUAGGAAGAGUAAUCUUAGCAGACGUAGCUCAAUUCAUUUUCGAAAGUCGAUGGACGGAGAUGACAGAAGUAUACUAUCAAAAAAAUCAAAAUUCUCCCAAGUCGAAGAAAUUAUCGAGGUCCCAGAGGAAGAAGCUGACAUUGGGGAUAAUGGAAGAAAUUUAUCCCCAGGGAAAAAGAAAAGGGCUUCUACUAAUAAUUUGAAAAAUAAGGAUGGCGUCGACGCGGAUAAUCAAUUGAAGAGAAAUGACGCUAGUAGUAAUAAUUCAACUUCAUCGAACAAUGAUAACAAUAGUCCCGAGAAAUCGGAUAAUUUGACAGAAGAGAAGGGAGUGACGCUAGUAAAAAAAAGAUAUAACCACGGUAUUAAGGGUAGAACUAGUGAUGUUCGAGAAUUCGGGAAUGAUUGUAACUAUUACACCUCUGCGAACAGUGAAGCUGAGUCAAGUAGGACCAGUAGGACAACGGGUGAAUGCGAUGAUGGUACAGGUCAUUCGAAUUUUUACCUCGCAAUGCCAAAUGGUCAAUGGAUGGUUAGGACCAGGACCGCAUCAAGAAAAAUCGUCGUCAUGUCCACUGGCGGCGAACCUCUCGAUGGGUCUUCAGUGCCAAUGGAAACUGACAACAUGAAUUCUAGUGAUAUCGGUGAACCAACAGAUCAAGACCUCUUAACCGCGCCAGAAGUAAUGGUGGACGACAUCUUGGACUUUAAGGCGGAAAAGGGCGUGGUGAAAGAUCCCACAAGCGUGACCUUCACUAUAAAUGGCGAAGAUCAUACUUUGGGGAAUGCCUUGCGUUAUACGAUUAUGCUAAAUCCCGAGGUUGAGUAUUGCGGUUAUUCGAUUCCACAUCCUUCUGAAGACAAGCUCAAUAUACGCGUUCAGACCACAGAGAAUACAACCGCGAUCGAAGCUUUGCGAAAAGGUCUUGAGGACUUGAAAACGAUAUGUGAUCACAUCAAAGAAACAUUCAUUGAAGCAAAUUUAAAUUUUGAUAAUCGUAUGAUUUCUUCGAGUAGUGGUGGUGGAUAA